AUUGAUGCUGCACGCGCCCGCAUGGUACGGUAGUACUAGCAGGGUAGGCCAAGCGACACAGCCUUCUGCUUCAGUGACGCUCUCAUUUCAAGUAUUUUUUCGUUCAUGAGGAAGUCACUGUAGACUCUGACGACUGCAAUGUUAAAUUUUGAGUUUUUAGACGAGGUUCGGCGAAUGAACAAGCGUCAGCUGUUCUACCAGGUGCUAAACUUCGGAAUGAUUGUUUCAUCGGCGCUGAUGAUUUGGAAAGGUCUGAUGGUAGUUAUGGGCAGUGAGAGCCCCAUAGUGGUUGUUUUGAGCGGUAGUAUGGAGCCAGCCUUCCAUCGGGGGGACCUGCUGUUUCUUACCAACUACCAGGACGAUCCCAUCCGAGUCGGAGAGAUCGUCGUCUUCAAGAUUGAAGGCCGGGACAUUCCCAUCGUCCACAGGGUGCUGAGGCUUCAUGAACAAGAAAAUAGUGAGAUGAAGUUUCUCACAAAAGGUGACAACAACAUGGUGGAUGAUCGAGGCCUGUACGCGCCAGGCCAGUUGUGGCUUCAACGGAAAGAUGUGAUUGGUCGAGCCCGGGGCUUUGUGCCCUAUGUGGGCAUUGUAACCAUUCUAAUGAACGAUUACCCUAAAUUUAAGUAUAUUGUUUUAGCCGGACUGGGAUUGUUUGUGCUGAUACACCGAGAGUGACAACGAAAGUUUACCAUCUUUGCAGUCCUAUUCAUCUUGCUUUCAUGUGGUAUAAAUAUCCCCAAGUAAAUGCCGCUUGAGAGCAGUUACUUACUCUUCUUACCGUCUCCAGGGCUCUGGAGGCAAAGGGUCUUACUGUGACAUGUUUCUUCUUUUCCCUAUGCACCUGUUUUGAGUGGUGUCAGAUUUCAAUUUGGAAGAUGGGUACAGUACUUGGUGGAGGGGAAUGUUCUACCUUUUUAUGUAUUUAUCAUGUUCAUGCUGUAAUGCCGCCAAAGUUUCCUUCUUUUGGACACGACAUAAAUGGUUUAUGGGUGAGGCAGUGAUUGUUGUUACUUAUUUGAAGAUAGGUAUCUAAUCUUUGCGGGGUGGAGCAAGAGAUUUAAUUAAAUACAUGUACACGUGAUAACUUCUAUCAUCGAGUGGAAUCACUUUGUUUUUAGAGCAUUUUGCUACAACCUUGCCAUUUACUUUGUGUACAAAUACUGAUGUAGUAGGCCUACAUUUAGCGUUAGCAUCCAUGGCAAGUAUUUCUGUUGUGCAAACACUACAUGGAGUAUGCCAUGUGCACAGAGUUAUCAAGGCAUUUCGUUUUAUGUCUUGAGGCAUUAACCGAGUAAGGCACAAUGCUUAGGUGAAUAUGAAUCUGAAGACAGUAAAAUUUGUAUCAGUGGCUCAUACAUGUUAGUCUUGAUGACUUGCACAUGUUUGAGUUGACUGUUACGUGUUUGAUUUUUUCUUUUCUUUUCAGGACAGUUACUCUUAUGUUCAUCUUGGGUUUUUAAAACAUUGAGUGGAUUCUUCAUGUCGAAUGAGUAAGGUUGAUAAGAUGGUUUGGACAAUUCCCAAGAGAUGUUCUGUGUUUGAUUUUUACAAAAUGAUUUACAACUGGCCUUAUCUGUCACCCAGGCCUUAGUCUUUGAGCCUUCCUUGAACCUUCCUUGGACUAGACAUACUCACAAAAGAGUUAUUACGCAUAAUGCUACCGCAAGCCUAUUACUUAUACCUUCCUUGAUUAUUGCUUAACUGCAUUUUUCCCGCGUAGGCAGAGAACGAAGCAAAUCAUUCAGAAUCAAGGACCAAUUUAGUACAUGUACAUGUUAAGACAUCUAAGCAAGUAAAUACUUGGAUGUCUAAUGUUAUUAUUUACAUUUGAAUCAGUUCAGCAUUGCAACCAAUUUUCAGACAUGGCCAUAGAACUGUCACAUUGUUUUGUAUACAAAAUUAUUGACGUGUCGGUUCAUAUUUUAGAAAUACAUGCACCAUAUUUCCUCAAUCAUUUUGUGUGCUAUACCAACUCCAAAAUGUUAUUAUUACUUUGAGUCGGGGGGGGAUAUGGGUUUAUGUUUAGGGGCUAGGGGUGAGGGUUUAACACACCUCACCCCUACACCCAAAAAUGUGAGAAAAAUAAAUGCAUAAAACUUGGA